AUGUCCAGUCCUCCUAAUACUGUAACGACAGUGCCUUUUCAUAGUAAUGAUGGUACUUCUACUACUACUAUUACUAAUGAUAAUAAUAACAAUAAUAAUUAUAAUAGUAGUAGUCGUAGUAUUAGUAGUGCUGGUACAGGCAGUACGGUGCCAGGGCAGUCUUACAGGACAACUGUGCUCGUACAACAACAAGAACAAGAACAAGAACAAGAACAACAACAUACACCUAUUAGAAGAUAUGAUACCGUGAUGCGCGAGAAGAUAUCUGCAGAGACUCCUCUCAGUGAGAGUGGAGACCGUGGACGUAUUUCAUCACGUGGUAGUGUUCAAAGUAAUAAUAUACAUAAUCGUUCCCUAUUUCGCCGCAUCUGUGCAGAGGAGGAGUCCGCACGGCGUAGUCGUAUUAUACUGCAGCAAUUAGAAUCAUGGAAAGAUCUCCGCGUGUUGGCGUGGCGGGAGCGGCUCUCACUUCUGCAGCCAAGCGAGCGAUCCGCAUCUCUGCAGAGUUUUGGUCUUUUCACACGAGAAAGCACCCAAGGGGCUCACAGUAGGAGUAGCAGUAGCAACACCAAUAACACCAAUAGCAAUACCAAUACCAAUCAUCCACCCUUCCUCAUUGCCGCACCUGAUCCUCAUCAUCCUCAUCCAUAUCAUCAUAGCAGCAACAACAACAGGAGUGUGAGUCGUGGUAGUAGUCGAGAGACGGGAGUGGAGUCCCCGCCGUAUCUCUGCACGCCGCUGGAGCGCACGAUGAGUCCCUCCGAGUUGUCUGAGGUCCGACACCCGAGCGGGUCGCUGCUGGAGAAGUUCUACGAGGGCGAAGUGGUGCGGGCCGCCCAGCGGCGUCUGCGGCGGCAGGAGCUCGAGGAACAGCGGCGGGAGGCGGCCGAGCGGCGACUGGCGGCGGCGGCGAAGACCCGACAGGAGCGCGAGGAGGCCGCCCGGCGUCGGCGAGAGGCGAUGGCGGCAUUGCAGCACCAACUGCAGGCCGCCUGGCAGCAGCUGCGGGCGGAGGAGGCCCGGCGGGCGGCGGCGGAGCGGGCGUUGGCGCAGCAGGAGGAGAAACUCAACGCCGCCGCGGAGAGAAACCGGGCGCUCCUCGAGGCGAGAAGAAAUGGCGAGGCGCAAGUCGCGGGGCUCACGGCGGAGGUGCGGCGAUUAGAGACAGGGAUCGCAACACUCCGCCGGGAGCAGAGAGAAAUGGAGACAGCACAGCAGCAACACAUACGGGAGUUGGAGCGAAAACUGGCAGAGACCACGCGAAAGGAAUCGUUGAAGGAACAACAACUGCAGGAGAGCUGGCGGGAGAUAUCGGAGAGACGAAAGACACAACAAACACAUGAAGGGGAAUUACGUCAGGCACGUCAGGCACUACAGCAGAUGCAGCAACAACAAGAGGUUAUGCAGAAACAACAUAAACAACAACAACGAGAAGAAGAAGAAGAGACGAAGAGAAGUGUUGCCGCACGAGAACGUUCUCACUCAGAGGAGAUACAACGUCUCUACAAGGAAAAGGCAGAAGCACUUUUAGAACAGGCCAAACACUAUGAGGCAUUACUUGCAGCGAAAGAGAAAGCGUCAGAGGCGGCUCUGGCGCAGUUGCAGAGUGAUCUGACUACACAACAUCAGAGAUUUGAGGAACAACAGAAGGAAUGGACCACACAACGGGCUCGUUUGACAACAGAGAUGGAACAACAACAACAAGAGGUCUUGCAGUUUCAGAAAGAACUUGAUCGUAUACAACAAGAGACUAAACGUAAAGAAGAAGGAAAUGCGGAGGAGAUCUCUACAUACCGUGAACGACUACAAAAGGAAUUAGUACAUAAUGACGAGGCGGAAUUGCUAUUACGUCAUGCUAGUGAUGAGAUAACGAAUUUGCGUGCUCUUGUGGAGUCUUUGGAGAAAGAUUGUAAAGAGGAACGUGCAAGAUGUGAGGAACUGAAUGUGGCUCUUCAUGAAGCCCUGCAAAAACAACAACACCAUCAACAACGAGAACAACAACUACGAGAAAUGUAUGAUCGCCUUAGGAAUGAAAUGACUGUAUUGCAGCAGUCCAUGGAAUUAUUAGAACGAGAUGGAAGUAAAGGGGAAAAAAUAAAACCCUCCGCUUCACGUGGGAAUGGAAUAAAUGGACAAAACCCAUUCGUACCAUCUCUGCAUACACCAGCGAUGCCGGAAACGAUAGGGCGAGGGAAUACAAUUCACACAACUGCAGUAUUGAAUGAUCGUCCUCCUAUCUCUGCUGUGUGGCCAACACGUAUGGAGGAUUGGUUAGACACCCCGUUACAGAUGGUGACUGAAGAUGUAUCUAACGUGGUGGAAGUGCUUCUCUACGCAAAAGACUAUACUCUACGUCAGCAUAUCCUUUCACAACAACAACAAUUGGUUUCCACUUCACCAUUGAAAAUGACAGAGUUUACGGAAACGGAGCGUGUUAUAGCUGUAGAGUGUAUAGUAAGAUUAUUAAGAGCUACAGCUACACUAAAUGCCAUACAAUCGUACACCGAUUCCUUCUCAACACAAAGAAAUUUAAUGGCUCUACAAAGACAACAGCAUACAUUAAAGAUUCUACUAAAGGAGAUGCAGGAUGCAGAAGUAGUAGGAAUACACCGGGGGGUUGUUCCUCAUACUGUUCUUACAUCUUCUAAUCUUACUACUACUGCUGCUGCUGCUGCUGGUGGUGCCGGUAGUAGUAUAUUCACACAGGAACCGCGUAUCCUAUCACUGACAACAACAUUAUUAGAGCAGUUAUCUUCCUUAAUCAUGAAACUUCAAUGUGAAGUACCAUCAAUACGUGAAAGUGAAGAAAUGUUCGCAUCGCCCCCUCCUCGUCUCCCACGUGAGGAGGAACAACAACAUAUAGUGAAGACACCAUCCUCCUCACCAUCCUCAUUAGCCAUUACAAGAAAAAUAGGAGAAACAAAAGGAACAGAUACGAGACAUCAUGUACAGAUGAAUGAUAAGAGUACUACUACUAAUAAUAAUAAUACUACAACACUACGCCAUACAUUUGGAUUUACUGGUGGACAGUUACAAGUCUUACAGAAUGGCACACGUCUACAACGAUUGGUGUUGCCUGGCGUUGUUGAUAUUAUGAUAAACUCUGCAUUAGGUACAUUAGAUCACCGUACCUUUCUUGCGUCUAUUUCCUCUUCUUCUUCUUCUGGUACUGCUGGUGCUGCUACUACUGCACCGCCGUGUUUUGAGUUUACUAUACGUGUAGGGAUGUACUGUAAUGAUGUACUGAUCGGCUUUGCAGAUCGUUAUCUUCCACUGGAAGGAUUCAGCACGGCGCGGAAUUCCCUGCGGUAUAAUAAUUGUUAUUAUUUAUAUCUUGGCCGCGGUACACUCUACUGCCCAGCACAGGGAAUGGUGGAUGUGCCGUAUACGGCCUUUCAGCUGGCAGGGGCCUCUGUGAGAGACUACCACCCUGGUGGACAGGGCCAUAGUAAUAACUAUAGUGAGAAUAAGAGUUAUCAUUCUAAUAAUAAUAAUAAUAAUAAUAAUAAUAAUAAUAAUAAUAAUAAUAAUAAUAAUAAUAAUUACUACAACGGUGUUGGUGUAAGAGUUGGGGAGGAAGUGACAUGUGUUCUUGAUACGACAACACAGACGAUUCGCUUUCGACGUGAUGGUUUGGACUGCGGUGUGGCCUUCACAGAUGUGGAUCUCACACGAGCCCUUUUCCCUGCCGUGGAGGUGCACUCACGGGGAUGUACAAUAGAUCUGGUUUGA